UUUAUUUAUUUUUGUUUCAAAAUAAUAAUCUUUAUUCGAAAACUUGAUUUCUUAACGUUUAAUUAUAAAAACUUCAGUAAAAUACUUGCAUAACUUGUAUAAAAAAGUGAUUGAAUUUGGACCCUCUCUCCUUGACUCCUCCUUUAUAUAAGAGUCUCUUUAUCUCUAUCUUUCUGUGAAGUUGAGCAUAUUUCUUUCCCUUUGGCUUUGGCUUUCUCUUCUCUUUUCAUAGCUAUGGUUUCUUCAGAUACUGCUAGAAACUUGGUUGGUAUUUUAGGAAACAUCUUCGCACUCUCUUUGUUCUUAUCGCCGGUGCCAACUUUUGUUCAAAUAUGGAAGAGAAAGGCAGUGGAGCAGUACUCGGCAACCCCAUACCUAGCCACCCUAGUGAACUGCAUGGCGUGGGUGUUGUAUGGGCUGCCCAUAGUGCACCCAAAUAGCUUGUUGGUUGUAACCGUAAAUGGAGCAGGAACAGUCAUUGAGUUUCUCUACAUUAUCGUUUUCAUCAUCUACUCGGACAAGAAAAAGAGGGUUAAAGUGAUACUAAUAGUGGUUGUUGAGCUUAUUUUCAUUGCUGCACUUGCAACAAUGGUGCUAAAUUUAGCCCACACUACCAAAAAGAGGUCUGCGAUUGUGGGAUUUAUCUGCAUAUUCUUUAACAUCGCCAUGUAUGCUUCGCCAUUAUCAGUCAUGAAAAUGAUCAUUACGACAAAAAGUGUGGAGUAUAUGCCAUUCUUCGUAUCCCUUACUUCCUUUAUCAAUGGUCUUGCCUGGACUUGUUAUGCUCUCAUUUCUUUUGACCCCUUCCUCUUAAUUCCAAACGGGCUGGGUUCGCUAUUUGCAUUGGCCCAACUAACACUGUACGCGGUGUUCUACAAAUCUACGAAGAGGCAAAUAGCUGCAAGGGAAGGGAAAAGCGAGCUGCCUUUAGCUCAAGUACUUGUCAACGAAGAUUCCAAGAGGGCUGCCACUGCACCUCUCAAUGGCUCUGCUUCUGAGACCAAUAGGGCAUGAGAAGCCAGUCUACUGAUACAAACAGUAGGACCAAUCGCAGUCCAAAUUUAUCUGCUAAUUAUUUGUAUCCAUGAUUUCGGAAGGUAACCUACCAAAGGGAUAAGAUUUUUUGUGGUUUUUGACCUUGUCAGUCUAUUUUGUGAUUGGUUGUCUUUUCUACAUGUAUUCUUUUUUAAAGAGACUUGUAAGCCAUAUGUCCGCGUUGUAUUCUUCGCAAUAUCAGUUUGCUUUUCGUAUGCUUUC